AUGCGCGAGACGAGCUCGGUCUGGCCGCAUCGGGCGCGGGAUGAGCUCGGUCCUGCAGCACCGGGACACGAGACGAGCGGUGGACCGCAGCUGGGAGAGGACCAGCCCAUUGAUGGGAGUAGCGCCCGAGCGCCGAGGAGAUGGGGUGAAGGUCGAGACGGCCCGACUGCAGACAAGCCAACGCCGGAGAAGCGGCCGCUGCUGCGGACAGAUCCGUCGAGCCAUCGUGAAGCCGCCACGACACCAGGAGGUCACCACCGAGACCUCCCCACGCCGCCGCCCACGACAGGAGCAGCGGUCACGCCCGGCCGCUGCCCUACUCGCGUCGCCCGACGACCUCCAAGCACCGGAGCCGCCGGGCACGCACCACCGGAGCCACGCGCCGCCGGUCGGCCCCCAACGCCAGAUCCGGCCGGAUCCGGCAAGAGACCGGCCGCGCGCCACCUCCCGAGACGGGAGCAACGCGGCCGCCCCGCCGCGCGCGGAACGAAGGGAGCCAGAGCGCUGCCACAGCAGGCCACCCCGCCGCCCUGCGAGACCGCCGCCACGCCGCUGGAUCCCGCGGACAACCAGUGCCGCCACUCGAAGGGGCCGCCCCGCGUCGGCGCCUACAAGCGGAGUGGGAAGAGUGGCCCCGCCGCCGCCAUGUGUCCACUGGGCUUUGCCUGGCGGAGCUCGUCGGCGGCGGCGGGGGGGAGGGGAGGGAGGCGGGGCGAGGAGCGCGGCAGCAGGAGAUCCUUCCCGGCGCGCGCGGGCGCGCCGCGGAAGACAUAUGCAGCUGUUUAG